GUGAAUAUUGCAAAGUAUGAAUGCAGCUGGAAUAGGUGGCCUCCAUUCAACGUUUCCCUGCAUGGAAAAAAAUCCAAUUUACAAGAUGCAGUGCAGUGACUGGUGCAAAUUUCUCGUCAUGACACGAGCUGCUGCCUGGACCUGUAGGAAGUAGCUGGCGCAGCAGUGCACAGUGUUGAGUCAACGUUGCAUCUGCGAGGCUGAAGUAUCUCUGCUGUAGCGAGACAGAUGCGAUGACAUAGCGGCUGGCCGGCUCCUGCUAACACUAUCUUCACUCCCCGGAUCAGUCAUUGUCUUGUCGUCGGCUUACCGCGUUUUUAGUUUGACAGCUGCUUAUAAGCUGCCUACAUCGCAAUUUAGUCACCGAUGCUCUUUUUGAGCUACCCUCACACAGAUUUCGAUCUAAGUUGCUGCAAGCUAGCGUUAGCUCGCUGCUGCUCCCCUCCAGACAUCGAAGUGGCCCCAUAAACAUGCGGAUCAUCGAGGCGGAGACCCCCGGGACACCUCUCUACGCUUCCUGCAGGACACCAGCUUCAACCGGCCGCUGACUGGACUCCACAGACUCUCUGUAGAGGAGAAAGAGCGACAAAUCUCAAGGACCAGAUUGCCCGCUGAACUUUUUGCCUCUCAGACACAUUGCAAGGGACCAUGCUGACCAUCCUAGCUGCUGGGUCUGUGUUCUUUCCAGGCCUUUUUCUUCUGUCUAAACAAUGCCUCAAGUCCAUCCCAGCGCUGAGGUGGAGCGAAGGAGAUGCAGUCAUCGUAUCUGCCAGGUUGGUGUCGUCAGUUCAGGCAGUCAUGGCUUCUUCAGCUGGCUACAUUAUUGCUUCUUCCUGCAAUGACAUCCUCGAGGACCAGCACUGGCUGACCAGCUCUUACAUCAUGUUUGCCGUUCCCUACUUUGUGUACGACAUCUACGCCAUGUUCAUGUGCUACUGGUAUAAGCUACGGGUCAAAGGGCAUGAGGAGGCCUCGGCAGCGCCCCAGCAAAUGGGCACAGCGCUGAUCAGCUACUUGCGCCGCGAGUUCCUCAUGGUGCUACACCACGUUGUCAUGGUCACCGUCUGCUUCCCUGUUUCUGUGUUUUGGCGACAAGGAAAGGGAGAUUAUUUCCAGGGUAUAAUGUUCAUGGCUGAGCUCAGCACUCCAUCUGUCUGCUUAGGAAAAAUACUCAUCCAGUACAAACAGCAACACACUCUCCUGCACAAAGUGAAUGGGGCUCUUAUGCUGAUCACUUUUUUCAUCUGUCGAGUCCUCCUCUUCCCUUACCUCUACUACGUCUAUGGAAGGUACGCGUCCAUUCCGUUCCACAUGGUUCCCCUGUCGGUGCCCUGGCAAUGUAACCUCGGCGCCGCUCUGCUCAUGGCUCCCCAACUCUAUUGGUUCUCCCUAAUUUGCAGGGGUGCCCUACGACUAUUCACAGGCUCUUCCCGAUCUCAGAGGCCAUGUGCGCCCUCAUCAGCCGCCAAGGAGCGUCAGACGGAUGACAACGCGCUGCCUCAGCCCGCCAACGGCUACAGCACGCGCUCCACAGAGCCCGAGCUGGCCACUCACUGAGAGGAGUGGUUGGGAAGGGUGGGGAGGGAAGGAAGGCGAAUGUACCAAUGAGUAUGUAAAAGGAAAGGAAAGUUAUGAAGGAAUAGUGGAACAAGUAGCGAAAUGAAGAAAGCUACAAACGAUGGCCUCAAAUAGCGCUCAAGUCUUUGAGGCCAGCAGUCAAACUUUUAACAGCUAAAAACGAUUUGCUUGCUGGCCUUCAAGCACUUUAGCUUCUCAGUUUGUAGGACACAAGAGGAGUGUUAGCACUCAGUAUUUAAAGAUGUCAUCGGGCACUGUGACAGAUAGAAACAUGCACUGACCUGAGAGGAAUUUGCCUGGAUGUAUAGCAAGCAUAGAUGGCCAUUUCCCUCAUGUAGAUCAAAUGAUGUCCUCUCUGCCUCGUGAUUAUAGGAAGAGCAGGAUAAUAGGAAUGUAUUAUAUUGUAUGUUAGUACAUUUGCUGUAGAUGAAAGGCCUAAUUCAGUUUAGUAAUGACGAAGACCUUCAAAAAAGAAAAAAAUCCCGGCUAAGCAGUAUUUUGACUUGUUAGUGUUUAUUAUCUGUAUCCUCUAUGUAGUCACUGUCACUCUAACAAAAUGUAACCAACCUGCAGACUGACUCAUCUUUUAGAAGGGAGAUAAUCUCAUUAGACUGUAUUCUGCUGCCUUAUCCCUUUUCCCCAUUCUUUGCAGUUUCUUUCAGCUUUUAGUUUUUAUCCUGUGAGGAGAAAGAAGAGGCUUUCCUCUGACAGCAAAAUGUGACGGGUGUACAUAGCCGAUGUAAAAUUGUCCUUAUUUCCAUGUCAGUAUUAGGUCAGUGUUGAUUUUUGUUCUUUUUUUUUUUCCUCAUUUCUACAUCUAAUGUUUCUACAAAUGUUUUGAACAAUGACAUUUCAGCAUUAACACAAAACAUUUCACCGUUUUCCAGCUAAGUGUAUGCAAACUCCCUCACCCCAGCCCACCCCCCCUUAAACAGUACGGCAGUGCUCCUCAUUUCAGUGUAGAUAUGACUUCAUUCCAUUUACUGGUAUCACAGUGUUUUUUGCAUACAAGGAAGUGAUGCACCGUAGCGGUCACUUUUAAAACUGAAUUUACAUGUGUUUUGUUUUUUAGUUUGGUGCGGAUUUAACUCUCAAAAUAUCCAUUUGAUUGGCUGGUAUAUUUCACUGAAGGAUCUAUGAGGCUUGAGUAUUUUUUUUUUUUUCGCAUAGUUAGGGGACUUGCAAUGUUUGAAGGGAAACAAAAGACAGUAUUGUAGGGAAGCAUUCCCCUGUGAUUGACAUGCAGCAUAUUUGUCCAUGGCAAAUUAGUUUUAUGUUCCUCAUUAAUUGU